UUUAGUUGAAUUUUAGCAAGCGACAAACGCGCUACAAACGUAUUAAAGCAUUGAUAAGCAUCCGCAAUUGUAAAAUACGUCGGGCAAAAUAUAAAUAAAUAAAUUUACUUUAGAAAUGUUCUUAUCUAAGCAACAAAAAACAAAACUAUUUAAAUAACCGAAAAAAUCAAAGUGCAGCUUAUAAAAUUUGUCAAAAAAUAAGUUUUGAAAAAUCAACUGAACAGUGUUGAUAUUGCAUAUAAUUUCCAAUAGAAAUGGUUAAAAGUCUUUGGACUGCCUUCCUACUGUUGAGUAGUGCUACCUUUGGUACGCAUUUUCCGGUUAAAAAAAAUAUACUCGACCAAAGUUGCCCGUAUCUUGAUAGCUGCAAUUCUACGAUCAAUGAAAAUCAAAUUGAAACACUUUUAACAUACGUGGACAGCCAAAUUAAUCCCUGUGAUGACUUUUAUGCUUAUGCCUGUGGUAAAUGGCGGGAAAAACAUGGGGUCCACACCACGGCGACGACAAUAAGCGAAACACAGAUAAACCGCCAGUAUGAGGACCUCUUCAGCUACCUGUUAAGGAAUCUUAGUGCCCCAGAGCACGGAUAUCCCUUUUAUGGGAAGUUGCUGACUCACUAUCAGAACUGCACUGACCUGGAAAGGCCCAAUCUGAGGAGGUACUUAGAUCUUCUGGGCCAGGACUUGCUUUCCUCACUGAGCUCCACGCACUGGAUGAACAUAUUGGCAGUUCUGGGGCGGUACGGCUACCACGGGCACUUUGUUCAGAUGGAAGUGCGGUGGCACAACGCAAGUCACCACAUGAUAUUCCUGCUGCCGCACAAUCGUCAUGUGAACCUAAGUCUAACUUCGGAAAUUUACAGUGCCCUAAGCGAUGUUGGCUCUUCUUGGCCCCCUCUCGACCAGAUGCAGGAACAGUUUAAAAAUCUUGAACAGAAUUUGGUCCGUUUGGCAAAGUCUCAUUCAGCGGAUGAUACCUUUCGAAAUUACAGCCUGGACCAGAUUCGAAAGGAGGUGACUGGACUCGAGUGGGACGAUGCAUUUAGGAUGCAACUGGGUAGAUCGUUGGUAGCGGAUCAUGUCUUCCAAGUGGACGACUUGGUCGCCAUUAAAGGGCUCGCGGAGUACCUCAACAAAACGGAUAUCCUGCUGCUCAAUAGGUACAGCUUGGCGAGGUUUCUCAGCCACCUGCUGGAGCUUCCGCACAACCCAAUGGCCAACUGGGUGAACGGUAAGAUGCCGAGAGGUAGAGUCUGCAUCCGCCAUAUGCGUCGGUCUCUCUAUCUUCCAAUGAACUACGUUUACGAGAGAAGUUUCUAUGCACGGCGGCGAAGCGCCGACGAACUGGUCAUCAACCGUGUGUUUAAGCAGCUGCAGAAUCAGCUUGAGAUGAGGGUGCAAAGAAACCCUUUCAACUUGAGCCAGGAUUUAGUCAACUCUCUGAAGGCGAAGGUUCAUGAUAUGCGCAUAAACGUGGGCAACCUGCCGCCUAACGUUUCCGAGAAGUUCUAUAGAGACAGCGACCAGCGGUGGAGCGUGGGCCGUGACUUUUAUGAGAAUCAUCUGAACAGCCUUUUGUACUACUACACCCUCGUCGCGGACCUGGAGGGCAGCACCAAUCCAAAGGAGCGGGGAAUCUGGUACAGCUUUAAUAUGCACACGCCCGAGUUCCCUGACAACAUCGAUGCUACGCCGUACUUCUAUUGCUUAGGCAACAUAAUUAUUGUGCCGUACUCCUACCUAACGCUGCCCUUCUUCCACGCCGGCUUCUGGCCGGCUCUGCUUUAUGGUGAUCUUGGCAACACUCUGGGCCACGAGAUGAUGCACGCCCUCGACACGGACCUGGUGGACUACGAUGCGCAGGGCAAUUUGAAGAAUUUUAGCGACCAACUCGGGCAGGUUGAGCUCUACAACAGAGCAGUCGGAUGCCUGAACAGCAGCGCGGUAAUGCUAAACGAGCGCACGUCGGACGUCAGCGGGUCCCGGCUAGCCCUGCAGACUUACGGAGGCAACUGGCUGUACCAACUAGACAACGGCCGGCUCUACUUCCUCCAGUUCGCACACUUCUUCUGCGGCGACGAGGGCGACCAGUACCACGACUCAGGCAGUCAGCGUCUCAACUACUCCCUCAGCCAGAUGCCGCAGUUUGCCGAGAUCUUUGCGUGUCAAAGCGGGACUAGUAUGACCUCUGCCGAUCAGUGUCCCUUCUGGUAGUGAAUCCUAGUUGUUAGAUGCGUAGCGAAGCGAUGCUCCUAUAUCCUGUUUUUAUAUACGACCCGCAUCUGUCUGGUGGAUUUUUGGCACGGUCUGAGUUAAUUUAGGAGUGUGGAGAGCCAGAUGAAAUGUACGAAACUGCAAGGAACACUGAAACAAAAAUGUCGCACUAUCCAUGACAGACGACAACCAGGUACACGGCUGAAAACGCAAAUGCAUGCCUACAGUGCGUUUUUUCAACAUGCUUCUUAACAACUUUCCUGCCGUUCAGACAUUCAGCAGCCCAGCAGACGGAGAAGCAUAAAAGGAAAGCAACACCGAAUCCGGACUCCGAUCUUCAGGCACAAGUCGGUCGCUGCGCUCUUAUUGACUUUUUCAAGGCCAUUGCACGUAUAACUUAUAUGCCACAUGAUACUAAAAUUAAAAGGAAAGUUGAAUUUAAAAAGUAUGUUGAAACAAGAAGGCGUUAACCCGACUACAAAUCGAUUUAUAUAAAACAAUGAUGUUACAAGACUAUUUCCCAACAAUUUUUUAAUCGUUCCUAUAGAAGUUAUAUAAGAAAGUUCGUUGAAAUUUAUAAAAUUGAGAAAAAUAUAAUAUGCGAAAUUUAUGUCGC